AUGAAUUCUAACGAAGUACCGCCACGCAGGCCAACAUUGACGUUGGUCACUCAACCUACGACUUCGGAAACCCACACUCAUGUCUUAUGGAAGAUGGGGCAGUCUUCGUUACAAAGCACGUCGAAGGACUCAUCCAACUUGGGAAAGAUGUUGAAAUCUGUGCCCAGCGAGGCAGAGCUUAGUCGAUUUAAGACAUCCCAACCUCGUCCACCAAGCAUCACAUGUGUCGAUGAUGACGCAUUGCUGUUGUCAUCAUCUGCUAUUCUCACACCGCGGAGCUUGCUGUUUAAUCAUGCAGACAUGCAUCCAUCAGAUUCUAUGGUGGAAAGUGACACAUUGGGCUCAUCCUGGUCCUCAUGCUCAAAAAUAAUAUGUGGCAGUUACGAAUCACAAGAAUCAGCAUUAACUUCCUGCGAAGAAAUCUCACCAGAAAUCAAGGCUGAAAGUGAAUCGAAUCUAUCAUCAAGUACUGUCACAGCUGAAGAUCGUCUCCAAGCCGUAUGUGAGCUUUUGAAUCGACAAAAAGUCGAUUCGAAUAGUUCCACUCGUCGUGCUCGCAGCUGUAGUGAUCUGGGACCACGACGUGAUUCAUGGGAAACUUUGCAUCCGCAAAAUUCUAAAAAGGAAGCAUUUAUACCACCGAGAGCUGACCCUUCGCAUGCGUCUGUUGACAACGUCACAUCUCAACGCACAUCACCUUCUCUGUCUCCAUCAGAUAUUUCGACAAGUCUGUCACCAGUCCCUCCUGGUCUUGAUGCUAAAGGGCCUGACGACUUGUCCGCAUAUGUUUCAGGUAUUGGUGCCCCUAUUGAUCCCGAUAUUGAAAUGAGUACAUUUGUACAGCUGCAGACAUUCCGAAGUCACACGCGGAGUCGCAGUGUCGGUCGCUUCGACUCUCGUCGGGAACGGUCUAUACAACAAGGUAAGACAAGAGGAGAUAUGGAUGAACGCAUGGCCAACAUGCUUGGUCUCAGUCCUCGCAGGUUCACUUCUAUGACUUCACCACGACCACCACUAGCCCUGAUACGUGACACGGAGCAGAUCCCAGCUUUGGAUGAUCUUGGAAGUGCAGUGUGCAACCCUGGGUAUGUCUUACAUUCAAAAAAACCAGAUCAGCCGAGUGAAACAUCACCCACUAGUCAUUUAGAUGAUACACCUCCAGCUUCGCCCAUUCUCAAGACACCCACUGAAGCAUUGGAGCCUAUCCCUGACGAUGCUGAUUUGUCUUUGGAUUCAAACUCUGAUCUAGUUGAUGAGCAAGGCUUCGAACUCGUCGUUCCUCGCCGAAAGCCUCAUCGCCGUCGGCAUCGAUCUAUUCGUUCUCAUGCAUCUGACUCGGAUAUGAAUCUGAUUGAUAUGAAUGCGCAAGUUGAGGAUGAGGACGAAGAGUCUAGAAGCCGAGGUCGAUGCACGUCUGUCAAGUCGAUCGAGCCUUCGGGAAGCUUGGAUAUGGCUUGCAGCAGGUUGGGUGUAUCGCAUCGCCGCUCCACGCGCCGGAGAAGAAAUGAUUUAAGCUACUCAGCAGCGCUACAAGCGCCAUCUGAAUCGCGUGGUCGUACCAAAGAACGUGGGCGUGGAGAGAGAGUCAAGAUUGUUGUGUCAUCUAACGAAUCUAGUGAACCUGAAAAGCACGCCCCCAAUAUCUUGAGCGUGGACACUUCUUUGGACGAUUUGCAGAAUUCGCCCCGUUCACGACUAUUAAGUAACAGCUCGCAUUUGCUCAUGCUGAGCCUGGAAGUUGCUAUGAUCCAGCAUGACAAAAUUCAUGCGCCUCUUAAACCGCGAUGGGGCAAGAGGCGAGAUGACGAUUUUCAGCCUUUACCACGGAUGGAUGCUCGCAUAAAGCAAUUUCUCACGGAUAAAAAGCUGAAGCAUGCACCAUCCUCUGUCAAGACACCAUCAUUGUAUCAUUAUGUUGACGACUGCGGCUCACGUCUAAAGUACAAUUUGGAAGCAUCCUGCCCAUGA